GAUGGUAUGCAUCAAUCUUCACAGCACCGAGGAGUUGUCUUCUUCGAGCAAGUAGAGAUGGAGAAGGCUGCACUACUGCUGCUGUUCCUCGCGUGGUUUGCCUCUGAGUUCAGAGCUCUGGGAGAUGAUUGGAUUCCUGCCUCGGCAACCUUCUAUGGAGGGGGUGAUGCUUCCGGCACUAUGGGUGGAGCGUGUGGGUAUCAGAACUUGUACAGCGACGGGUACGGCAUCAAGAACACGGCACUGAGCACGGCGCUGUUCAACAACGGCGCCGCCUGCGGCGCGUGCUUCCAGAUCGUGUGCGACUCGAGGAAGUCGCCGUGGUGCAAGAAGGGGACGCACAUCACCGUCACCGCCACCAACUACUGCCCGCCCAACUACGACCUUCCCAGCGACAACGGCGGGUGGUGCAACCCGCCGCGGCAGCACUUCGACAUGUCUCAGCCAGCCUGGGAGACCAUCGCCGUCUACCGGGGCGGCAUCGUUCCCGUCUACUACCGCAGGGUCAAGUGUCAGAGGAGCGGAGGCAUCAGGUUCACCAUCAACGGGAAGAACUACUUCGAGCUGGUGCUGAUCGCCAACGUGGGAGGGAGCGGCGUGGUCUCCGGCGCCUGGAUCAAGGGGUCCGACACGCAGUGGAUGGCCAUGAGCAGGAACUGGGGCAUGAACUGGCAGAGCAACGCGUACCUCACUGGUCAGAGCCUCUCCUUCCGGGUGCAGACCAGCGACGGCAAGGUCAAGACCGCCUACGAUGUCGCGCCGGCGACUUGGAAGUUCGGCGACACCUACGCGUCCUCCAUCCGGUUUUAGAAGAUCGCGCUGUUCGACCUCUUCUCUACUUCCAUGGUUGAAGGCUGUCAUCUUCUCUGUGAAGGAACGAGUGGUUUUACUGUGUCCACCAACCUUCAAUUGGAUUCUAUGUUUGUGUC